GAGCACCGUAUCCUGGAUCACACGUGGAGCUCAGGCUAAGGAUCUCGCUCUCCCUCUCUAGUGGAUUUCCUGCCCUGGGAAUCCAGGAAGAGGGGUCCAGAAAGAGGAGUCCCCGUGUCCUUAAACCAUCACAACAGCAUGUUCUUCACACUCCCACGACCCACUCCAGGCUACAUCAGACUUCUGCAGACAUACCAAAAUGUGGCAGUGACACGUCCAGUUCAGAAGUCUGUCCCAGCGGGCAUGGCCAUGUUCAUGGGGGCCGUGGGGAUAGGGGUGUGUGGCUACAGCUCCAGGCAGUUGACCAUGAACCACCAGCCCUCGUCCCGUGUGUUGAAAUGGGCCGGCAACAUGCCCAGCGAUCUCAGGGUGCCCACAGCUGGUUAUCGAAGCCCACCUCUGGAUGUCCCCCGUCGGUCUGGAGCCUACCAUGGAAUCUCCCCUCCAUCUUUUGUGGCUCAGAAAGUCUCAGUGAAAUAAGAAAAUUAGACUCAGUGUUGAAGUUACCAUUAUUUCAAACAAUUACUUGCAUUAUCAAAAGUAACACGUAGAGAAUGAAUAUCCCUAAUGCAUUUUAUUAGUAAUGAAACUGUAGUUUUAAAAGGUACAGUACAUUAGAUGUGGCUUUGCUCUAGGUUUUGAGGGUCAGAACGGCCAGUGCACGUAUUUACAUCAGAAGUUAAAGUUUAAGUCAUAAUUAAAAUUGUAGUAACUGCACAGCCCUACUGUAAACCUGCUAACAUAGUAGCUGAGGUCCAGUAACAAUGCAGUGUAGCACAUUGAAGAUUGUAGCUAUGCUGGCCCAUUGUAUGAUGUGGCCCAUGUGCUCUCUGUCAGUGUGCUAUGUGUUUUGUUCACUUCUCAACCUGCAUGUAAUAAAUGUACUGUUCUAUGUAGUGAUCUAAUGUUCUUGUAACUCAUGUCGUGUUAAUUAAAAUAGUUGGUAA